AUGAUAUCUUCGCUUAGUGUGCUGUUUUUGGUUGCCGCCAUCUGCGCCUUGACGACUACGCCGUUGAUUUUCCUGUGCUGCAAGAAGAAGGGAAAGAAGGAUAAUAAGAAGCCAGCAGCAAAACAGCCUGAGAAGAGCGGUGCAGGACCGGAAUCAAAAUCGAAGGAAGUAGGAGCAAAGGAUGCAGCUGGAAAGGAUGCAGCGGGAAAGGACGGAGCGGCGAAGGACGGCGGAGCAAAACCACCAGCUGCAGAACAAGUACAGAAGAAACCAGAAGAUAAAAAGAAGGCCGCAGCAGGCAAGGGAGAUGCCAAAAAUGUCAAACUUCCUGUUACAUACCACGUUGUGAAGGGAAAACCGACAAGUUCGGAGUUAGCCAAAAAGACGACAGCAACCGCUCAAAUAGCUAUGCCGCCGACAACGACUCUUCCGGUAGUUGGACCUGGUGCUGCAUCCAAAGACAGCAAACAAUCUUCUGGAGUUGCAACUGCACAAAAGGCUGGCGAUGCUAAAAGUGCCACCGGUGGGUCGAAAGCUACAGAUGUGAAAUCGGGAACAAAUGAUGGCAAGUUUUCAUUUAAAAUUUUUUUCAAUGUAAAUCUUUAGAUGCUCAGCCAAGUAAGAGUAAUACAGCAUUCGACGAAGCAAAUAAAUCGGCACAAAAGCUUUCUCAGAAUCCCAUCGAUGGUGUUGAAGUUCCGCCAACGGGAGUGACGGAGACAUCAAGGAGGGAUGAAGGCAAGUUUAGAAGGACUUUACUAAAUAAAAAAUCUUUUUUCUAGGACCGCCAGAGGGUGGUGGUGAUCAACAGCUAUACGAGACAGUGCCUGGUGGAGAAGCUCCGAAGGAGGAAAAGCCGGUCCCUGCAGACG